AUGUUAUUGCCACAAAUUAUAAUAAAUCGUGACGAUGAAAGUAGUGAAUUAGAAGUUGAGGAUUGGCCAACAAAAGAUGCAUUUGCUGGAUUCAUUUGUGCUAGAGGAUUAUCUCAUAUAGGGUCUUGGAAAAAUUUUUUCCUGGCAGAAUUUAAUGCCCUCAUUAUUCACCCAAAGCUAAUAGUUUCAGCACACACAGAUUCUACAUCUGACUAG